AUGAGUACAAAAACUGGAAUUUAUCAUUGGAAACUUGGAGACGUCGCUCUCGCUAGAAUUUGUAAGAAAAUCUAUGCAAAAGUACAAGUAGUGAAAAAUGAAGAUGGUAUAUUUUACGAUGAUAAAGUAUUAGGUAUAUCAGCAGAUGACAAAGGCUUGAUAAUUACAAAACAAUUGUGUUAUUAUGUAGAGAUCAUGAGAAAUAAACAGCAAUUGUGGCUUCCAUACACCUGCAUGUACUUAGCUGAACGUUCUAGACCCUUCUAUGGACCUCCUACCAAACCUAAACCCAAAGCCACUGUCAAAACUAUACCCAAAAAGAGAAAAAUUGUUGAAGACCAUAUUUUGCCAUUAAAUGUUAAACCAUCAAAAUCCAAGGAACCAGACCUAAAUGUAUCAUUUGAGUUAAGACACAAACCUCUCAAGCAGGGAAAAUAUGAUAAUGCAUUUAAAGAAUUUGUCAGACUCGGUAAAGAGGAGAUUUUUGAUUAUUUUUAUGACUGUCUAUGCCUCAAUAAAGAUUAUAAUGAUGAUAUUCUAGACUAUUUACAACAUGUUGACGCAAGUACAGAGGAUAAAUUUGAAAUGGUCAUAAGAAAUAGUGUUACUGAGAAAGAAAUUGAGAAUUAUUUACAUCAGUGUUGGAGGUAUAACUUUGUACACAAACAAAUGGAUAGUAAGGAUGUGUCUGAGAAUUCAAAAUACUCUUCAGCUAAACUCCCCAUCACCAUUCAUACAUCAUGGUGUUUGGUUUGUGGUGUCGGUGAAAAACUGAGAGAAUGUACCAACUGUCCGUCAUCUUUCCACCUAGUGUGUAGACGAGAAUGGCUGACAACUAUAAUACAUCGUAAAAAUCCUCCAAAAAAAGCUCAUAAAGUAACAUUGGUAGAGAAGAUCUUAUCAAGCACUCGAACAAUAUGCAAGGUACACAAAGAUAAAGAAAACGUUGACCUGUGCCCUAGUUGCAUGUGGGGUCCCCGAGUUGGCUAUGAUGACGUGGUCUGGCACAAACUGGGCAGUUGCCCGUGGUGGCCGGCGCGUGUGCUCACCCCGGGCAACACGCCUUCCUGUCUGCUCACCCGCGCACACUCCCCUCACCAGUGGCCGCUUAAAUAUUACGGUACGUUAAACUAUUCCUGGGGCGACUCUAACAGGAUGUGCUUGUUCCUGCCAAAGCACACGACAGCUGUACAAGUGAGAGAUGAAACUCUUCGACAAGCCAUGCUAGACGCGUGUGACGACUACAUUGCUGUUUAUUUGACAUAAUUAGAAAAAAAAGAAGAUAGCAAGAUCAAUACGAGAUCGUCUUGUGUAUUUUGUAUUUUUUAUCUGUGACAACUCUUACGUAUUGCAUUAAGCAAUACCACAGCAAUACAUGCCUUUUUUCAUUAUUUGUUUUCAAAUAAACUUUUUUUUGUAUAAAAUAUUUAAUAUUAAUAAAAAAAAAAAUACAAUUCUAGUCUUUAUAUUGUAUGGUUAGCUAAAGUGAUAAAUAUAAUUUUUAUAAUCAAAACUUAAUAAAAUUAACAAUAAAA